AUGGCAGCACCAGCAAACACAAUGCCCAGUUCCGAAGCCGCCUGGCGCUCGCUGCACGAGACGCACCUGGCCAAUCUGCGCAGCCACCGCGCGCUACUCGACCACCUGGCAAGCCUGCAUGUCGAUGGAGAAACCCCGGAACUUGAUGCGAUGCGGGCGCGCGCAGAGCGGAUAUGGGAGGACGCCGUGAGGGCGGGGGAAAUUAUGGAGGUAGCCGACAAGGCGGAAAAGCGCAUCGUCAUCGCGAACAUCCCGUGGUAUGUGACGGCAACGGGAGGUCUUUCGCCGAUAUGGUGCCAGUAUGAUCCUGUCGAUAUCAAUCCUCCCUUCCGCAAGCCCACACGCUCCGAAAUCCACCUUUAUGACCUCCCCGCCGGUGAUGCCCAUAGAAACGGCAUCAUAAAGGUCCCCUUCCAUUCCGCCGCCUCUGCCGCCCGCGCCAUCCGCGACCUUGACGGUGUAAAAUUUCCUGCUGAAGAAGGCCACACCGGCCUCAUCGCCCGUCGUUACCGUCCCGGCGCCGACCCGGUAGAUGGCGACGACGCGGCCCGAACGAAGAACAAGAAGCGCGUACGACGCGUCUCGUCUGGCGAGAGCUUGCAGCGGCAGCAGCAGCAGCAGCGAGGGAGUAAGAGACAGCGGACGAACAAUGGUAUCAAUACCGGGCACAGCAUACCUGCUGCCGCUUCUCAUGCCGCUCGCGAUGAUGAUCCCCCCGCUACUGCCGCCGCCGCCCCGACGUAUCCAUUCACCUUCACAACGACGGCCGUGCCGCAGCAACAGUCGCCAUCGCCACCCCCUCCUCCCCCAGCACCAUCGUCGACGGCGGCAGUCGUCGAGCCGGAGCCGGAGCCGGAACCGGAAUUCGAAGACAUCAGCGCCGAGGUCGACGCCCGAUUGGCGGAGCAGGCGGCCAGGCGCGCGGCGGCCACGGCCACGAGACAGAAGACGAGCGCCGCGGCGGGAUGGAAGAAGCGGGGGAGGGAGGCGAGGCGGGUGGAAGAAGAAGAGGGGGAUGAGGCGGAUGAGGCGGCGGUGGCGGGGAUGGCGGGGAUGGCGCUGGUGGAUAGGAGGCCGAGGAAGAGGAGGAUGCGGGAGGAGGGGAGGGAGUGGGAAGGGGAGGGGGUGCGGGCGGAGGAGGGUGUGGGGGAUGGUGUGAGCGAGGAGGGGAGGCGGCAGCCGCAGCAGACGUCGAACGGGGGUCCGGCGCCAGCGUCGAAGGCGAGGGUGAGGAAGGAGAGGAGGAGUGCGGUGGUGCGGGAGAGGGAGGAGAGGGGUGAGAGUCCGCGGCCAAUGAAGAGGUCACGGAGGGGUCUGUGA